GGGCAGGUACGCGGGGCCGGUCCGCUGCCCCGCCGCGAGGUGUGUCCCUGCGCGGCGGCGACUUGGCGAGCGAUUGGGUAGGACGGGCGAGCGGCUCCCCGGCUCCCCUGCUGGGCUCCCCGCCGCCGCGCUCCCGCAGUAGCAGCGCGCUCCCCGCCGGCGCCGCCGCCCGCCCGCCCCGCUCCGCUCCGACACCGCCCGCCCCGGCACGGCCCCAGCCGCCGCCGCCGCCGCCGCCGCCGCAUCAUGCCGCAUCCCGCGGCGCCCCUCGGGGCCGCCCUGCUGCUCGUCCUGCUGGCGGCGGACUCCUGGCAGAACGUGCUGCUGCCCGCCCCGGAGGCUGCCCAGUUCCUGCGGCAGAGGCAGCGGCGAGCGUACCAGAUCUUCGAGGAGACCAAGCAAGGGCACCUGGAGAGGGAGUGCGUGGAGGAGCACUGCAGCAAGGAGGAGGCCCGGGAGGUCUUUGAGAACGACCCCGAGACGGAGUAUUUUUACCCGAAAUACUUGGCUUGUAUUCAGAAAUAUGGGUCACCGUAUACAAGAAGUCCAGAUUUCCUUACAUGCGUUCAUAAUUUGCCAAACCAGUGUUCUCCUGAUCCUUGUCACAAAGAAGGGACCGUCAAAUGUGAAGAUCUCAAGGGGGACUUCUAUUGUGAAUGCAAGCAUGGCUGGCAGGGAAAAACGUGUGAAAAAGAUAUUGAUGAAUGCAGAGCGCAGAACGGCGGCUGUAACCAGCUCUGCCUCAACAAGCUAGGCAGCUACCGCUGCUCCUGCUACAGUGGUUUCGCUCUUAAAGACAGCAAAACAUGCGAAGACAUAGAUGAAUGCACAGCAUCAAGAGACAUCUGUGGAGAAGCUCAUUGUAAAAAUUUAAUAAGCUCAUAUGAAUGUGUUUGUGAUGCAGGCUACAAGUACGACAACGUGAGAAAGACUUGUCAGGAUAUAAAUGAAUGUGAAGAAAAACUCUGUGAACAGACCUGUGUCAACUCGCCAGGGAGUUAUACCUGUCAUUGCGAUGGCAGAGGGGGAGUGAAACUUUCCCGGGACAUGAAUACAUGUGAGAACAUAAUUCCAUGUGUGCCUUUUGCUGUUGGAAAAAGUAUUAAAUCCUUGUACCUGGGGAGGAUGUUCAGUGGCACUCCUGUUAUCAGGCUGCGCUUCAAAAGGAAACAACUGACGAGACUUGUGGCCGAGUUCGACUUUAGAACCUUUGAUCCUGAAGGUAUCCUUUUCUUUGCUGGAGGCCGUCAAGACAGCACAUGGGUAGUCUUGGCUUUGCGCAAAGGACGGUUAGAGCUGCAGCUGAAAUACAACGGGAUAGGCCGCGUGACCAGCAGCGGACCGCUCAUCAACCACGGCAUGUGGCAAACGAUCUCUGUUGAAGAACUCGAAAGAAAUUUGGUUAUAAAGGUCAACAGGGAUGCAGUAAUGAAAAUAGCUGUCUCAGGGGACCUGUUUACUCUAGAAAAAGGACUGUAUGAGCUGAAUUUGACCGUAGGAGGCAUUCCAUUCAAAACAAAGAACCUUAUUCUACCGAUAAACCCUCGGCUGGAUGGUUGCAUGCGCGCAUGGAACUGGCUGAAUGGGGAGGACACCACUAUCCAAGAGACCAUAAAGAUGAAUGAAAAGAUGCAGUGCUUUUCUGUAGCAGGACGAGGGUCUUUCUAUCCUGGCCGAGGUUUUGCUGUGUUUAAUCUUACUUAUGUGCAGCCUUCUUCCGGAAAUGAAACCAAGACCAGUUGGGAAAUAGAAGUAAAUGCUGCAAUUCAACCAGCAACAGAUACUGGUGUGUUGUUUGCUCUAGUUACAGAAGAAGCAUCUGUCCCUUUAUCGCUCUCUCUGAUUGAUUAUCACUCCACAAAGAAACUGAAACAACAGUUUAUCAUCUUGGCCUUGGAGAACACAGUUGUGUCCAGACUGGCAAUAAAUCUCUGCGAUAAGAAGGAACAUUCUGUGGAAAUCCUACUCAAGAAGGACCACUUAUCCCUGAGGGUAGAUGGGAUAGCGGGAGAGAGUGAACUAAGCGCCUCUGAGUUAGAGGACGGUCUGUCCAUCUUGGAGAGCUCUUUGCAGUCAGCAGUGAAGACAUACGUGGGAGGAUUGCCAGACGUUCCUGUGACUUCCACUCCAGUCACCGCGUCCUACCAUGGCUGUAUGACCAUCAAGCUGAGCAACCAGGCACUGGACCUAGAUGAGGCUCUCUACAAGCACAGCGACAUCACCUCACAUUCCUGUCCUCCUGUCGAGGCGGGUCAGUAGGUACCACUGCAAUGCGAAAGUUUUGUAUUCAGAAACUUUCAGUGCUUUUCUUUUUUUUUUUUUUUUAAAGAUAUAAAUUAUUCAGACCUACCGCACUGCGUGUAUAGUUUCUCUUAAACACUGAAAUUAUGUAGGAGCUACUGAUCCUUAUGUCAGAUUGAUUAUUGAAAUACUCCUUUGCUUUGAGGUCUAAAGGUUGUAAUAUAUUUGUAAAUAGUUCAGAAGACUAAUAUUAAAUAAGCCAAAAGUACAGAAUAUACCGAAAGUGAAUGUUAUCUUUAGACUGCAAGAGACAGUUUUAUCUGUAAUGUGGAAAACCUGGUAAUAUAUGAGUGUGGACUGGAAGAAAAAUAAUAAUUCUGUAUUAUUUUUUAUUACCAAACACUGCUUUCUGAUUUGCAAAAUAUGAGAGAAUAAAAU